AUGCCACUGUGUGCGCAACAAUUAGCAAACGUAGCGUCGUAUUAUGCGCCGACGACCGCUCUGUACCAUCAAAGAAGACGUAAGGAGGUAAUGGAGGUUAGCAGCGAGCCGUGGCGUGCGUAUUACUCAAGCGGUGCUGAACAUCCUCUCAGCGCAGCCACCUCAGCUGUAUUGGAUGUAGCGGAUGAGCAAACACAGCCACUCGAAUACUAUCGCUUGCCGCCACUGGCCCAGGAUACACAUCUUAAUCUACACAAGGAUGCGAAACUCGUUGACGUUUGGCACGAAAAGUGGGCGCUGCGUGUGUGUGACGUUGGAGUGGUAAAUAAAGUCCUCCUACGCGUGGUACCGCACACGUCGCUACCAGCUCCCCAGCAGUGCCAGCAGGCGUCCCGGAAUGUGAGAGACGAUGCGUUUUCGGUUCGUCAUCCUCGUCACUGCUCGCGGGAGUGCAUAAAUACAAAUAAUGACAAUAGACGGAUGUGGUGGAAGCGGCUCACAUUGACAAGGACGCCCAGGACUUGUCUCAUUGUCGGCACGCGGCCCACGCGGCCGUCGCGCGCCGCUAUUGCCCAUUCAUACAUUCAAAAUUAUAACGAACACUCGACUCGCCCGCACCCAUCGAGCGCUAUGUCUCCAAAUGCGUUUGUAUGCUAA